AUGUUGGACUAUCGGCUUUCUUUUCUCGUUGGAUGCUUGAAUUGGUUGAUUCUAUGCACGGGCUCGAUGAUAGUUCAUGGGAACGCAACUGAGAUCGAUAUCGCGCCCAGAAUCUUGUCGCGGCCUAAGAGGUACUUGAUUUUUCCGCAGGGUAGUAAUCUACAGUUAGUGUAUUGUUUGACUAUCGGAGCGUACGGCCGCGACGGUGAUUUGGUGCUGGGACUGACAGCUGCCUUAGCCUGGGAACUUCCGAACAAGGUCGACUCAAAGAUAUCGAAUUUGCUUCACCGUAGAAGCCGGAGCGUCGUAUAUCCGAAAAUGGAGGCUUUCCUGCAAUCAACCGGCCUCGACGGCAGAUCCUGCGUCAUGAGAGCACUCUGCGAGGCGGGCCAGCGUGAUCCUACGCGGAUUGCUACCGGAUCCUUUGUCCAGGAACUCCUCCACGCAAUUUUCACAUUGCCAAAGGACGGCAGCAGAUUCGAGCGAUCGGAGGAUCAUGCAUACGAUCGCGCGUACGAAGCGACCGGAGACUGCGAGCGGCUGUAUCCUGCGUGUCAGCACUCGAUUUAUAAUGUGGACAUUUGAAAUCGUGGCAGGAAAACCGACAUCUCGGCGCAUCAUUCGGAAAACUGUAGCAAUGGCAUGAAAAUCUGAUGAGAGACUCGGCCGAUGUUGGAAAGCUUCUCUGGCGCGGCCGAUUCAUUUUUCGACAAUUUUUCUAUUCGACGUUUGACAGUUGCACGCGCGUUACUUCCUGAGGAAUCGGACUAAUGAAAGAUAAAAUGAUUACUAUAUUUAUUGUAUAUAUAGUAUAUAUAAUAAUUCUUCAAUUUAUUCAUGUCUGUAUCUCGAACUAGCAAACUAUCGCGCUGACAUAAUACGUGAUUUUAUCAACUGUUUAAUGAUUUACAAAAAGUGUUAUUUCUCUCACGGAAGAGGAUAAUGCGUAUACGUAUAUUUAUGUUAAGAUAUUAACAAGUAGUGAUUGUAAAAAUAUUUAAUAAAUGGGUGAU